GCCUAACCUGCCAAGGAGGAGGAGGAGGAGGAUCAGGAAGUGGAGACACCGCCGCGGAGCGCGCGUCCCGAGCCCCCGCCGCCAGCAGCCAGUCCGGCGCAGUCCGCUCCAGGCGAACGACCCGCACAGCAGCAGCGGCGCUUUGGCAGCGAGGAAGAAGCCCAGUCUCGGCCCGGCGGAGAGUGAGCGCGCGCGCGGUGAGCAGCUGCCGUGAGAGCCCCUCGCGCUUUACGAGGCACCGAAGAUGGCGACCAGCUCGGAGCGCAGCCCGCCCCCGUUCCCGGAUUCCGAGGACCAAGAUUUGCUGGAAGACGUCGGAGGCCCGGAGAGCGACGCGGACGACGGGGAAGACCUGUUCUUGAGCGCGAGCAGUCCCCCAGUGACCAGUAUGGACACCGCGCUCCCACCUGCUAGCAAGCCCAGUGAUGUUUUGAUGGAGCCUCCCAUCGACAGUAUAAGCAAUCCUUUAAUCAAGCCUGUCACUAGCCAAACAGAAAACAAACCAACAAGUGAAGUUGUAAGUGAAACCUUUGAUGAUUUUUUUGACCUGACAAACAACAUAACUGAAGCCGCUGCAAAGGACACAGCCGACAUCUCUCUAGAUGAGCCCUCAGAUCGUUUUGUUGACAUAUUGGGAAGUGAAACUCCGGCAACACAAGAGGAAGUGAUGGCAGCAGAUGUUAGUGUUGCAGCAGCAACAGAUAAAAGGGAUGUGACUAACAGCGUUACAGAUCCACCUGCUGUUGGGAAAAAGGAAGUCAAAGAAGCUUCCACAGCUCCAGUCAUCAACCUCAGCGUUGAUUCAUCAGCCAGCAAAACACAACAGCCAGUGGCCGUUGACAAAGUAGCUGAGCCUUUGGUUGACUUCUUAAGUGAUACACCACCUGCUGUUGAUGCCCCCAAACCCAGCAGCGCAGCUGUUGACCUGUUUGAAGAUGAUGGAAGUGACUUAUUUGCAGACCCACGGCUGAUUAAGUCAUCCAAAAAGCCACAGAAAAGCCUCUUUGGUGAGACUGACGAGGAUCUCUUUGGUGAGCCCAUGGUUGUCAACACAAAGAAGUCCAUCAGUAAAGAGCAGAAGGACAAACCUGUCUCCUCCAAAGGUGCUGCUGGUGAUGGUGUCAGCGUAGCGGGGCCUUUAGAAGUCAGUAAUCCCACAGAACCUGCAGACAUUUUUACUGAACAAGGAACCGCUGCAGUGUCGAGCGUUGGAAACGCCAGCACCGUCAACUCCAAAACCAACGGAACCUGCUCUGAAGAGGAGGCUGAUAUUUUCUCUGAAGCCACAGUGGAACUUUCGCUCGACAGUCCACAAAACGAAAGAAAAACGGAAGUGAAGGCCAAACCGUCUGCGCCCACUCCCUCCUUGUCAGCCACUACCAGCCACGCCAAGCCACAGUCUUCUGCCAUAGAAGAGUUGGAGCAGGAAGAAGAAGAAGAGGAGGAAGACAAAUUUGAUAUCUAUGUCUCCGUCAAAGACCCUGAGAAAAUAGGGGACGGGAUGAAUGCUUACAUGGCUUAUAACGUAUUAACUCAGACCACACUGCCCAUGUUCCGCAACAAGACGUUAUCAGUGAAGCGACGCUUUAGUGACUUCCUUGGUCUCUAUGAAAAACUCUCUGAAAAACAUGGACCAAAUGGAUUCAUCGUGCCUCCGCCACCAGAGAAGAGCAUCCUGGGUAUGACAAAGGUCAAGGUGGGAAAGGAAGAUUCCUCAUCUGUGGACUUUGUAGAGAGAAGAAGAGGAGCUUUGGAGAGGUACCUGCAGCGGGUGGUAAAUCACCCCUCACUGCUCCAAGAUCCAGAUGUCAGAGAGUUCCUGGAGAGGGACGAGUUGCCCAGAGCAGUGAGCACCCAGGCACUGAGUGGUGCCGGCUUCCUGAAAAUGAUCAACCGAGCAACAGAUGCCGUCAGUAAAAUGACAAUCAAGAUGAAUGAGUCUGAUGUGUGGUUUGAGGAGAAACUCCAGGAGGUUGAGUCUGCAGACCAGCAGUUCAGGAAGCUCCACACACUGGUUGAAACCCUGGUCAUCCACAGAAAAGAGCUCUCGUUCAACACAGCGAGCUUCGCUAAAAGUGCAGCCAUGCUGGGCAGCGCAGAAGACAACACCGCUUUGUCCCGUGCUCUGUCUCAGCUGGCAGAGGUGGAGGACAAGAUGGAGCAGCUACACCAGGGCCAGGCUGAAAACGACACCUUCUGCUUCUCUGAACUCAUUGCAGAUUACAUCCGUCUCCUUGGAGCCGUCAGGGGGUCAUUUGAUCACCGGAUAAAGGCGUGGCAGCGUUGGCAGGAUGCUCAGACCAUGCUGCAAAAGAAGAGGGAGACUGAGGCCAAACUGCUUUGGGCCAACAAGCCCGACAAACUGCAGCUGGCUAAAGAGGAGAUUGCAGAGUGGGAGGCCAAGGUGACGCAGUACGAGAGAGAUUUCGAAAGAGUUUCAGCCACCGUGCGCCGGGAAGUGGUUCGCUUUGAGAAGGAAAAGGCCAAGAAUUUCAAAAGACAGAUAAUCAAGUAUCUGGAGUCUUUGCUUCAGUCUCAACAGCAGGUCAUAAAGUACUGGGAAGCUUUCUUACCAGAAGCAAAAGCAAUCGCCUAAUCCUCAAGCACCAGCCCUCGAGGCCUAAACCGGCUGCCUUCUUCUCGUACACUUUACCUCUUUUUGUCUUUAAACCAAGGAAAAUGCUCGCUUCAUAAAGGGAGAAACAAUCAACCAGUUUUUAAUCACCUUUAACACAUAACUCUGUAUUCUAUUGUAUUAUUAACUGUAUAUUUUCAUUUAACCUUCCACAAAUAUUUUCGUAUUAGAUGAAAAGUUUGCAUAUACAAAAAUAUAGACCUAAAAAGAGAGAAAGUAUAGAUGAAUGAUUCCUUUAUUUUUCACUAGAGGAGGGAAAUGAACGGAGACUGGAGUGCAGGAUUCCUCCCUCCUGUGAUCAGGAGCUCCUUCACAUCAGCAGUGGUUAAUUGUUUACAGUGCGGCUGCUUGCUCAUCAGAAACGUCUGGGGACUCAGAAAGUGGCCAAGAGCUCACUCGGUUUCUUCUGUUUUUCAUGACUCAAAGGGAUGAAAUGACACUUAAAAUGAGCACUUCCACCAGGUGGACAGAGUACUAAAGUACCACAUGUUGUUUUUCUUAGGAGGGGAAUGGGUGCAGGUGUUAGAUUAGCUGUGGCCAGGGUUUGCGUUAGUAGACGAAAGCUUGUGAGCUGUUAAAACUUUACUUUUAUUGCUACACAUCUGUGCCUUUUGAGUCAGGACGAUGUCUUGUCUCCAGAUGCUGAGUCUAAAACAGUUACUUCCAUAAACACCACAAGGAUUUGAUGCUAAGCUACAGUCACAUUGAAGCAUGUUUCAGUAUCUUUUAUAAAUGUUUCCAUCUUUGCAGUCAGCAACAGGCAGAGACUUGAAACAAGUAAUUGUCAUGGCUGAGUGUGUUUUUGUUGCGUCAUUGUUGUGCAGUAAUCCAGUGUAUUAAGUGUCAGCUGACCCUUUUUUAGGGAUUAAGAAGUAAUGAUGUUUAACUGAGAAUAAUGCCAGUAAAUGCGUUAAUUAUGUGGAUUAUCCUUGUUCAAGUCUCAGCAAGUUGUGUUUAGUGUCGCAGUGAGAUUCAUGGGAGCCAAUGGUACUGGAAGGUAGUGAUGCUUCCAAAUAGUUGGCAGGGAUGGUAAAAAGGCCAAGGCUACAGCUAAUGCUAACAAAUAAAGCAAUGUGAUUAUCCUUUUUCAUUGUUUAUCCCUUCAAAGUCCACUGUGGAGGUGUGAAUCCUAUGUAAUGCAGGUUUCCCCUUUGGUGGUUUCACACUUCUCUGCUCAUCAAUAGAAAAAUGAAAAAAAUGUCAAAGUGCCAACAAAGGGAAAGAGGAAGAAGGUGAGACUAGAUGAAAACAAAUCAGGCCUUGAAUACCCAAAAUAAUUUUGUAUAUGAUUAAUGACCUAACCUAAUCAACAAAAACUAUAGUAUGUGAUGUAAAGCUGGGGGUGAUGGGCAGCAGUGGUGCACAUCCAAAUUGAAAUGAAGUUGACUUGUAGACGAGUGUAACUUCAAAUACAUGUACCGGUGUCAAACAAUCUGCUGACAACUACAGUUUUAACAAAGCCUUGGUCCCGGCUUCUAAUGGCAGAGCUGCCGUUUUCUUUUGAUUAGAGCUUUAAUUUCACGUCGCCACUGUGCUACAUGAUGCUACACUGUCACUCGUUACGGAGGCCUCUCUUAACUUGCAGACGUUUCUUUGCACAGUUUUCCUUUUUGGCGGCGUAUCCUCAGCGGCUGUUACACAGCCCUCACGUAUAACUGGUUGUUAAUGCUGAAUGUCGUCACCUGUCACCAACAUCCAUUGUGUCAUAGGAACUUCUGUCAAAACAAAUCAAUAAAAUUUUCACUGUUUACACUUUGA